CUAGUUACCUAGCUUUGCUGUCGAAACAGGCUAGUUUUUACUUGAUUUGAGCUUGUUCUGCUUUCUGCUUGUUCUGACAUAUGCCUCGACUUACUAUCAAGGAGUCGAUGUGCAGCAGCGCGCUUUUAUUUUGAAGGCUAAAACCGGAAGUUUCUGUUUUGUAUGCUGGCAGCAGAAACAGUAUCUAGUUCCCAUCCCAUGACUUGUAUCAUAACAGUAGGGAAUGGGGGUGGUCAGCUUGACUACAGCUAAACAGAGACUAGACAGGACCGCAAUCUUACCACAAUGCCAGACGGACUUAUUACAAGCAGGCCGUUGCAGAAUGAGGUGACAGGCAUAGAUCUGCAGGUGCCUCAUUACCAGGAGAUCCGUGGUACCAUGAUGACAGGUCAUGUGGAGUACCAGAUAAUUGUGGUGACUCGGCUGGCUGCCUUCAAAUCCGCCAAGCACAAACCUGAAGACAUUGUACAGCUGGUGGUUUCAAAGAAAUACAGUGAAAUUGAUGAGUUUUACUACAGACUCAUGGGUCAGUAUCCGAAGAUCACCUUACCAGCCAUGCCUCGCAAGGCCCUGUUUGUAGGCGAGGCAGACAUCCGGGAGCGUAGGGUGGCCUUUGACGAACUGGUCAAGUUCAUCUCCAAGAAUUCUACACUUGCUACUUGCCCAGAGGUGUUGGAGCUCUUAGGGGCGAAGUCCACAAUGGCAGAUUUGAAAACCAGGAACGUUGCAGAUUGGCAGGACCAGGAUAAAGAAGAAGGCUUAAAUUUCUUUGAAAGUGAGGAGACCCCUGCUGCUGCUGCGAAAGUAACCAAACAUGUUCCACCAGUGAAACCUAGGGAAGAGGAGCAGGAACAUGACGAUGAUGAUGAGUACCUUGGACCUCUAGGCAAUUUAAAGUGCACGAGGCAGAAGAAGAAAAAGCCUCCACAGGCUAAAGUGUCUACCCAGCCUAAGUUAUCUCUGUUUGAUGAGGCUGAAGAUAUAGAUGAUGACUUGUUUCAACCUGCAGCCAAAGACAGCAACGUUAAGCUGUUUAAGGAGCCAGACUUGAUAGGGAAAGUGAAGUUGGGGGACCCUUUACUACUUCCAACAGCAUACAAGGAUGUGGCAUCUGCAGAUUCAGGACUGGAUGAGGAUACAGAUGAACUUUUCAGGAUAGAAGACAACUUUGACAAGCUCCUCCAGUUGAAGAAAAGUAUCAAGGCAAGGCCAGUUCCUGCCCCCAAACCCAAACUGGCCCCAAAGCCAAAACUGCCUGUGAAGCCCUCCUCUCUAGUCUCAGGUGGUGGGGGCCCAGUUGUGGGUGUUCUUCCAGUUGCAGAUGAGGUGAAGGAUCAAAUCGACAUUCUCAAGUAUAUCCAACAAAAUGAGUCUACAUCUAUUGAUGAUCUGGAUCUAUUUUAAUUGGCAACUAAAUUAUAGUAACUGAUUAGGACUCAUGAAGUUGUUAGCAGGCUACACAGGAAAAUAACAGCCUAAAAUGAUGCCUAUGAUUAUAUUUUGACAUUACCCAGGAUUAUUCCAUCAAGGAUGACUUUUGGAAGUCUGAUUCUAAUAAAAAGUCUACUGAACAUGUGUAGUUACAAUCAGUGCUGGAAAUGGGCCUGUGUGGUAUCAUUUAUUUUUACCUAUAUUGCUUUCCUACUUUUUAUACUGAAAAUGCUGUAUACAUUACCAUGAUUGAGUGGUUCCAAAUGCAAUGUCUUCACAAAAAAAUCAAACUGAUUUUUUUUAAUACCUGCACAGUCAUUUUGGAUUUAUCCUACUAAAUGUCUUGUCGGAACAUAUUAAUGUAAAAAUGUUUUUAAACAACAAAUUUUACCAAAUAAAGUCUACAAUUUUACAAAA